AUGAAAAUGAGGUUUUUCUACGUAUUUCUUUUAAUAUUUAUUAGUAUUUUAGCGAAUGUUUCUUCUCAGUUAGUAAUACCCCCUCUCCCAGUAAAAUGCAUCCGUCCGCACGAGGUUUACGAAUGUGGCAGCCCAUGUCAAACACAGUGCAAAACACUUGGAGAACCUUGUCCUAUAAUAAAUAAAAAAUGCACCUACGCCUGCCGAUGUGAUAAAGGCUAUGCGAGGGACGACAAUGGAAAAUGUAUCCCUAUAAAACAAUGCAACAGAAGGAACUAA